CUUGAGCGCAGGCGAGUGGAGUAUGUCGAUAAAGUACGGAUACCAGUCCGUAUCGGAACCUGGAACGUAAACGGAAGACUACCUGAGAAAUCCGACAAGGAUCUACGGGAAUGGCUGUACGAUGACUGGGAAGGAGGAGAGAGGCGUGACCUCCCCGCGCUCUACGUGGUCGCACUCCAGGAAGCGGAUCUUUCAACGGAAGCAUACCUCCGCACCGACGACACCAUCGCAAACUCCUGGGCUGCAGUAAUCCUUUCCACGAUUGGCGACUCCUCAUCCUACACCAAAAUCGCACAACGACAGCUCGUGGGUAUCAUGCUCUUCGUCUUCGCACACGCCUCCAUCGUGCCAGUCCUCAGCGGCGUCGAAACCGGCUCCGUAGCCUGUGGUAUCAUGGGUAUGAUCGGCAACAAGGGAGCCGUGGGGAUUAAAUUGCGUGUGUGGGAUACGAGUUUGGUCUUCAUUGGAUCGCAUUUGGCUGCGCAGACGAAUAUGGUGGAUAGGCGGAAUGCGGAUUUUCAUGAGAUCUGUAGGAGACUGAUGUUUGAUCGUGGUGGAGAUGGGAUCUUUGAGGAUACGGAUCAUGUUUUCUGGUGUGGGGAUUUGAAUUAUCGGAUAGACCUCCCCGCACAGACCGCGCGGUCCUUCCUAUUGCCGGAAGCGCCGAUUGAGAGAAGGUUGUUGCUGCCGUAUGAUCAGCUACGGCACGAGAUGAACGCAAACCGGGCCUUUCCGGUUGAGGAUGGAUGGAGGGAAGGUGAAAUCACUUUCGAACCGACGUUUAAGUAUGAUGUGGGCACGCGGGAUAUCUUGGAUUCGAGCGAGAAGAGCCGCGUACCAAGUUGGUGUGAUAGGGUGAUGUGGUGGAGUAGGCGCGAUCACGAGAGGGGUGAGCAGACGGGAGAUGUGGAGGUACGGUCAUAUGAGAGUUUUAUGGACUAUACGAUGAGUGACCACAAACCUGUCGCCGCAACGUUCUCAUUAUCAGUCGAGAGCGUGGACCAACAAAAGAAGGAGAUGAUC